CAGUUUGCUUGUCCCUUCAUCUGUCUUUCUGUUGCAGUCUAAAUCUCUCCAGAAACAUUGGAGAGAGAGGAGAGAAAGAGUGUGUGUGUGUGUGAAGAAGCUGAUGAGGACAGUACCAUGUGGAGUUGCAGAGGCCAUUGUUGCUUCUUCUUCUUCUUCUUAUUCUUCUGUGAAUGUUCUCAGCCUGAGUCUCUCUACCAUGAAUCUGAAUUCCAAGAGCCUCAAAUACCACCUCCCCCCUUCCAAUUCCAGGGUGGCUUCUUCAUUUUCUGCAAAUAUCCAUUUCCCUUAUCCUAACUCUCCCUUUCCUCUCCCAAAACCAGGUGUUUGUAGGGCCAGUCAAGUAGCUGAACUAUUUCCAAGCAUAUCACCUGAAAUUGUGGUUAGGGAGGCAAGGUUGGAGGACUGCUGGGGAGUAGCAGAGACUCAUUGCAGUUCCUUCUUCCCUAAUUACUCCUUCCCUAUAAAUGUCCUGCUGAGAAUGAACAAGCUGAUAGGAUUGGUGUUUGGAUUCUCUGUGCCAAAUGGCUGCAAGAAGACUUGUUUAGUUGCAGUCACUGGAAGCUCAGAAGAAGAAGAAGAAGAAGAUGCAUUGUUAUUAGGGCGUCGGGAGAUCAAAACCGCGGGUUUUAAUGGAAGGUUGAAUCUGAGUAAAGGCUAUGUGACUGGGAUACUGACUCUUGAUACUUUGGCUGAUUUUCUUCCCAGGAAAGGACCAUUGCAGCAGAGAAGGUCGGGGAUUGCUUACAUAUCAAAUGUUGCUGUUCGAGAGAAUUUACGUGGGAAAGGAAUAGCGAAAAAACUCGUAGCUAAAGCUGAGAAUCAAGCACGAACCUGGGGAUGUCGGGCCAUUGCAUUGCACUGUGACAGUGGCAACCCUGGAGCCACAAAGCUGUACAUUGGAAGGGGUUUCAGAAUCAUCAAAGUGCCAGAAGGAGCUAACUGGCCUGAACCCCGAGCUUCUCGGGGCGUCCAGUUCAGUUUCAUGAUGAAGCUUCUGGACACAACGUCCAGAUAGAUAACGCUAGAAAAAUCAGUUCUGUGAUUAACACUCAAUGUAAAAACCAGAGAAAGAAACUCGUAUACACACAGACACACGUAUGUAUAAAGCCAGGGAAGAUCAGUCGAUGUGCAGAACUGUAAUUAUUAGUCCUCUACAACAUGCUCAUCUGUUUCAUUCCA